AUGUAUUCGAUCCCGCUGCUACUAACGUCGUUUUUAUUUCUUUCAAUUAUUGUACUUAAUUUAUGUUUUAUUUUAUAUCAUACUGAUUCUGAAUUUCAGCAACAUAACAAUUGUCUGUAUUUCUAUGGAAGACCUUUUAUAAAAAUCAAUUCUAUCUUGGAAAAUAAACUGAUUCAAUUAAUACCAUUUUGUAUUCGAUCAAACGAACUUUUGAUCGUUGAAGAUGAUAAAGAUCAACAAAUUAUUCGUGGUGUACAAUAUACCUUUGAGGAAUUACGUCGCUUGAAUAUAACUGGAAAAGAUUUACUAGAUUGGUUCAUACCAAUAGACUUAAUUGAUAAAUACGAAAUUUAUCUUGAAUUCAAUCUAAUACAUAUGACUCCACUGUUCGUGUAUAAUUGUACAAAACCGUGGUUUGGAACAUUAUGCCAGUUUACAUUUAAUAGUAAUUCAAGUUCAUUUAAUGAUAUUAUUAAAACAAGAUUUGGCAAACAUUCAUACGAAGCUGCUUGUUAUACAAAUAUGAAGUGUAAUCAUAGCGUCAAUUUCUGUUUGGAUUGGCGUGAGAUAUGUGACGGUAAGUGUAUUACUUUAUAG